GCCCCGCCUCCCGCCCCGGCGGCGCAGCCGCCCUGCGUGGGGCUCUUCCCGUGGCGGGCGGGCGCCCUGAGGUGGCUUCCGGUGGGGGCUGGCGGUGCCGGGGGCGCCGCGUCGCCCUCGGUCCCGGCCUUGUCCUGUGGGGACCGCAACAACCAGCCUAGAUCACAGUUUUGGGAAGAGAUGUCAGAGAAUGAAUGAUGAAGCAAUUUAAUAAUCAGCUUGGGUUUGCACAUGUUAAAACAACGCAGUCAUUGAGCAGGUCACCAUCUCAAGGAAAUGCUAACUCAGGUGGAAUUUUUCUCAGAUUUUUGUCUUUGAACUACUUAAAUUAUCCCUAACUAAAGAUGCAUCCAGACUUGUCUCCUCAUCUGCACACUGAAGAAUGUAACCUAGUUAUCAGUCUGCUCAAGAAGUGUCACAAAGAGCACAACAUUUUGAAAUUUUUUGGCCAUUGCAAUGACAUUGACCGUGAGAUGCGGAAAUGCUUAAAGAAAGAGUAUGAAGAAAACAGGGCCAGGAACAAGGCACAUACUGCAGAGAUGCGACGGAGGCUAAUUAAUGCUCCGAAAAACUCUGAGAAGUGAGCUGUGCUGUAGUUGGGCAGCUGCAUAUCAAUAGGAACACUUGGUUGAAAGUUGACUGUUACUUUCAGAUCACCGUUGUUCGGCCUGUGGUUUGUGAAGUUAUGGGAAAAUAAACACACACAAAACAUACUCAUUCCCAGAAAGGUGAACUAAAAGCAGACCAAAAAAAAAAAAAAAAAGAUUACUAACAACUUAAUUUUGACUUCUAAAAGAAAUUUUUUGUGGGAACUUGUUGUUCUGGCGUAGUUUUGUUAUGACUGUUGAGUAAUGCUGAAUCAAUGUGUGGAGUAUUAUGUAUUUAAGGCUGUUGUAUUCCCUACCUUGUGUUGAGCUGCAUUUGUUUUUUCAUGUUUUUUCAAAACACUGAAUGACUCUUCCCUCACUCUUUGUAGUGUUGUGAUAACACCGCCUAAAUGGAUUAUCAAAAAAUUUUAAUCAGAAGUGGCCUGAAAUUGGAAAUUGCCUGUAAAGCAAUAAAUGGAGCUCUAGUACUUUUAUUCGAGCCUGAAGGAUGAAGUGAUGGUCUUGCAUUGGCAAGAUUAAAAAUCUUCCGUGCCAACCAUAAGUACAGCCUAGACUGUUGUUAAAUGAUUUGUUCAUCAUACCCAAAGCACGUCGCUUUAGAAAUGCAGAAUGGAACUUUUUCAGGGAUUUACAAAGCAUUGCCUUGAUUUAUGUUGAGUACAAUCAAAGUGUGCUGAAUGAUGCUGAAGAAGAGUGCUGCCAAAAAUAUAAGCUCAAUUGUUCUUCCACGUAAUCUGGUACAAGGGUGAGGUCAACUUAUAACUAUUGCUGUUGAAAAACAACUUACGUUAAAGUGAAAGAACGGAUAAUUUGCCCUUUAGUUAGAUGAGUCAAACAGUAUUGUGCUAACCAAGCUGCCUUGUUAGCCUACAGAUGUUAAUUUGCUGUCAGACUGCAGAAAGUCCUGAACAGUCUAUGAAUGCGGCAGAAUUGAUAUUGGAACACUCUGUUGGUUUAUGCCAUAAUGGAGCUGCUUCUUUGAGUGUCUAAUGGAUUCACCUUAUGCAAUGAAAUGACUUCUCUAUUUUGCCCAGCAACAAAAGACUAUUUAAAAUAAAAUAUGUUUUAUUGAGGCAGUUCUACUAAAUGUCUUUCUCAAACUUUUUGAGGAAAGGGUGCCCUAUUCUACAGUGAAUUCUGCAGUUUAUUCUGAGAACCGUUGUUGGCACUCAGUCUUCAAAUUAAUUCAUGCACCUAUUUUUGGAACAAAGUAAUAUUUUGUGAUCUAUUUUGAAGAGAUUGUCUAGAUAGAAGAAUAAUUUUACUUAUUUUUCAGUAUUUGAGUUGACCUAGUUAAGUUUGUGAAGCUUGACCGCAAAGGUUUUUCAUGUACAAAGUGAAAGUGAGAGUUCCAAGAAAAACUGAAACAACUGCUGCUUGUUUUGACAUGUUCUCUGAUUUCUCAGAAUAAGUAAAUGAUAUAUCAUUUGAAUUAAAUACUUGAGUGGUUGGAAA